AAUCAAGACAGCCAUUCGUUGGAUGAGACAGCAGGAGUUGACGACGCCUCUUAGCUCACAUAAUUAUUAUGGAGCCCCCUGAAAAGUUUCUCACUUGAUUCGAGUUGUACCACUAGCUAAUAUCUCGGUGCCUGCUUAAUGUUAUUCCUUACUGUCCAAGACUGGUGAACGGUAGUUGGAAGUAAAUAGACGUUUUUGCUCUUAAAAGAAGACAUGUUGGUGAUAGCUAGCUACAGCUAGCUUUAGCGGCUAAUCAGCUAAAGGGGAAUGUGUGGCAACUAACUAGUGCAAUGGAACGCCCGAUUUGGAAUUCGUCGAGAAACACUUGUAGUGAGUCAACUGGGACGAAGAUUAUAGCUAAUAUUGAUGUCUAAAACCAACCACUACAAACAGGGAACAGGUCUAAUUUGCCGUUUACGAUACUUUUUGCUAUUAAAGAAGUUGGGAUUGCUGCAAGCGACCUCGAGAGAAACCAAUUGGAGGUCCUUCUUUAUGUGGAGAAGAGGGAAAAGAGCAGUCACCGACCGACCGACCCUGUUUAAUGGAAGGCGGGUUUAAAAGUAAAAAGGAAACGAUAGAAGAAAGACCCCUGUGAAUCUCCUUGCUUUCCAUAGCCUACUGUGGUUAAAGUUGUAGGACAGACUCACUGUUUUUAACAGUGUGUCUAUACACCGGGAGGGUCCUCAUGCUUCCACCAACUAUGCAGUGAGGGUGAGCUGGCAGUGUGCCCCCUCUCACCAUGCUGGCUCUGGGCAUAGAGCAGGGGAAAGGUGGAGGGGGACGGGGCCGGGCUACUGUGGCCUGGCAGGCCCCAUCCUCAGUGAAGUCUCUAACCCAGGACCCAGGGAGGCCUUCUGUGGCCUGGCAGGCCCCCUCCUCUGGGGAGCCUCUAACCCAAGACCCUUCGAGGCCUACCCUGGCAUGGCAGGCCCCCUGCUCAGGGAAGCCUCUAACCCAGGACCUAGGGAGGCCAGGCCUCAACAUCAGGCAGAAGAUUUCCCAGUGGGAAGGCCUCUGUCAACCAAACGGUGAUGGGCAUACCGAAAGGGUCAAAGAGCAUGCACCAGUUGUAUCCCGAUCUCUUUCAGGGGAUGUCCUGGGUAACGGAGUAUGUAGCGACAGUUUGAGAGGUGAACCUCACGGAAAAGCCAACCUCUCUAAAGCCAGAAGCCUGGGUUUGGAUUUCAGGGAAAACCUACAAGCACAGUGCGGACACAAGGGCAUUGGCAGAAAGUCGGAUGCCCCUCAGAAUCACGACAGUUUCAGCAAGACUUCAACCACAAUACCAGUGUCCAAGCCAUUCACAGCGCCUUCGCAAACUCUUACAACAGUCACUACAAACAUCUUCCAAGUAGAAAGGAUCAUCCCCACCAAUGGUGAACUGAAGGUGGGUAAUGUGUUGGAAGUUAAGUGGACCAAACCCCUAUGUCUGUCAGUGGAUGACCAUGGAGAGAGCCUGCCACCAGGGAAUUUCUACACCUCAAGGGGCUUCUGGCGGAGGCUGGAGGGAGAUGUGUUGUUCUGGGAGAAGGGAACAAAUACCUCAGCAGAGCCUCAGAGUGUUGUGGGUCCAGCGACUCGCCCUCCACCAAAACCACAACGGACAUUUCAGUAUCAGGGAGCGGACAGCACCCCAGCAAACUGGGUCCAAUGUGACAGCAGGAUUCCAUCUGUCAACCAAUCUAACACCAAGUGCAGUGGCAUAGCCCAAACACCUAGCUUCCCAGAACCCCUGUGUCCUGUCAGCCGUGGCAAUGGGUUUUCCAGACACAGAAAGAACCGGAAGUCCUUUGAGUUUGAGGAUGUGGUGCAGUUGACAGCGCAGCAGGGUACACUGGGAAGUGGGGCCAGGCGCUCCGGCCUGUUCCACGCCUUCUCUGACGACAACAUUUAUGAGGACAUAAUCUCUGGACCCUUGACCAGAGACAACCCAUAUGAGGAUGUCAAGCUGGCUCCUACUAUGCGUCUCCCCAUCAGGCGUCCCCGACCCUGGAACAUGGCACAGAGAGAGAGCCCUUGCACACCAAAGCUCCCUCCCAAGCCUCUCACGUUGUGGGUGGAGAGGAAGGGAACACUGGCAGCGACACCACCCUCCCCUACUGAAGCCCCCCACAGAACUGCCUUUCCCAGGCGACCCACAACCACCCACAAAACAUACAGACUGCCUCAGUAUGUCAAUAAGAUUCAUGUGAUCUUUGACGCCAAGCGAGGGAGAAAGAGAGUGAAGAGCCAGGCACAGGGCGGUUCAGCUCGAGAGGAGACCAGUGGAACUGAGAGUGACCCAGAGGACAACACUAAUGGAGGGUCGAGACGCUCGGUCUAUGUCCAGUCCACGCUGAAGCGGAGGCCAGGCUACCGCACCCUGGAGAGGGACCUGAUCCAGCUCCAGCAACAGCAGCUCUUCCAGCUCUUUGUGGUGGUGUCACUCAGAAAGAGUUCCCCGGGAAACACCUAUGCCCCUGAGAUCACGCAACAGUUUCCCAACAAGUUUGCGAAGUCUUCUCGUCACUCCCGUGAAGCUGAAGAUCGGCUGAAGGCAAUCCCCAAGUUUUGCUUCCCAGACUCUCAGGACUGGCGGCCAUCUGGAGACCUGCCCAGUGAAACUUUCUCUUUUGUCUUGACGGGAGAGGAUGGCAGCCGUUGGUUUUGUUACUGUCGUAAGAUCCUGCCCUGUGGAAAGGGGAAGAGACUGCCUGAAGUUCACUGUAUUGUAAGCAGACUGGGCUGCUUCAACCUGUUUGCUAAGAUCUUGGAGGAGGUAGAGAGGCGCAGGGAGAUCUGUCCUGCCCUGGUGUCCCCCUUCAUGCGUAGCGUCAUGGAGGCUCCUUUCCCCGCCCCUGGACGCACCAUCACAGUCAAGAGCUUCCUCCCAGGCUCAGGAAAUGAGGUGCUGACUCUGUGCCGGCCGGUGGACUCGAGGCUGGAGCACGUGGACUUUGAGAGCCUGCUGCAGUGCCUGAGCGUUGGGAGACUCUUGCAGGUGUUUGCCUCUCUGCUACUGGAGAGGAGGGUCAUCUUUAUCGCUAACAAACUCAGUGUGCUGUCUCGCUGUGGCCAUGCUGCGCUGGCGCUGCUCUACCCAUUCACAUGGCAGCAUACCUUUGUGCCUGUGCUACCCGCCAGCAUGCUGGACAUCAGCUGCUCUCCCACUCCCUUUCUCAUGGGGGCGCUGGUGCCCUGCUUGCCCGAGCUGCUGGAGCUGCCCAUAGAGGAGGUACUUAUUGUAGAUUUAUGCGCAGACAAGUUUGUCAAACAGCUUGGUGAUGAGGACUGUAUCUUGCCCAGUAAGCUUCAGGCUGCACUGCAGCAGAUCCUGGAGGAGAGAGGGCAGAUACUACGGCAAGACGGAGACUGCACAGGCCAGCAGUGUGAGCUGAGCUCCCUGGUGUCGGAAGCCUUUGUGCAUUUCUUCGUGGAGCUAGUGGGCCACUACUCCCUCCACAUGGGUGCCAGCGGGGCCCGGGAGCUGCAGAGGGAGAGCUUCUGUAAGUCCCACCCCUCCCGUGGGGCCCGCCAGUUCCUGCAGCUCUUCAUGGACACGCAGAUGUUCUCCGGCUUCAUCCACGACAAAGAGUUGCGCAAGGGAGGGGGCAAAGGGCUUUUUGAAGUUAGAGCUGCAGAAUAUUUGGCUUCAAACCCGGAGUCUGAAUCUAGCGGGUUCCUCAAGGGACUCAAGGGAAUUGGGAUGAAAUUCCUACAGAAGAAGUGACAGACUGUCAGCAGUCUGGUUGAAAAUGCUUCUGUAAGAGAGGAUGAGAGCCAUCUGCCGGAUUGGCUGAGACACAUGUGCUAUGAUGUUACAGCUAUAUAGAUAUGUACAUGACUCGACAAGGACAUAACGGUGUUGGGCACAGAGGUCCACAGUCCUAGGUAGAGGGCUCUCUGCUUCAGACAUGACCAGUCUCUUCGUAUUGCCCUGAAUGCAUUCCUAGCCUGAGUGAAGUGCAAUUGUAAUUGGAGGAAAACUGGAAAUGUGCAUUUAUGGCCAAACAAACUUCGAUGAAGACUUUUGAGAUGUCAGAGGAAAGGCAGGAGCAAACGCUAUGUACUUGUGAAAUCUACACAAAACAUUUCAGCUACAGGACUCGGUAUUAACUUAACAGAUGUUGUGCCAUGAUAAACUAACCCACGCAUUUUUGUGUUUUUGCUAGUCAUUUUUCUAUGUUUGUUUUAGUCAAGUCUUUUUAAGUGUUUGGUCUACAUAUUAUGGAUAUAAUGUUAUUUUUAAGUUUAGUUUUGAACUCGUGUCUAGUUGGAAAUUAAUAAGUAAGGCUACUCGAUACCCUUCUGCACUCUGCUACAGAACAAUGUAAGAAUAAUGAUUUUUAUUAUGUGCAUGAUUGUUACUUUAAAUAUAUGACAUAUAUAUAUUUUUUCCAAUUGAGGUUAAUGUAUGUUGUCCCUGACAUUUUGAUGGCCUUGACAAAUCUUCCAAGUAAUGUUUGAAUCAUUAGGAUAAUACAUUACAAUUUACAUUUCUCACCGAGUUUGAAUUUUGUAUAGCUUAUUCUGGAACUAAAUAUUUUGUUUACAAUAUUUUAGCUACUUUUCAUGCAUAUUUUUGCAUUUUGAACUUAUAUUGAGAUUGUAUGAGCAUGUUUGGAUACCAUUUCCUCAGUCAUUUGAUAGGACAGGUGAAAGCACAUAUUGAACUAGACCACCUUGACUAAGGAUGUGAUUUUAAAGGAUCAGAACUGAGACUUAAUCUCAUGUAUCCAACAUUCCAAUGCACAAAGUUUGCUAAAAACGUUUUUGAUGUUCUCACGUGGGUUUUAAAAAGUCACAACUAGAGACCAGAAACUAACUAGUCACACCUUCCUAUUGACUGGAGUUGCAUACUUAGUGCCUAAAGAAAGUAUUCACACCCCUUGACAUUUUUCACAUUUUGUGUUACAGCCUGAAUUUUAAAUGGAUUAAACUGCGAAUUAUUAUUAUUAGUUUUAUUUGGUCACUGGUCUACAUACAACACCCCAUAAUGUGGAAUUAUAUUUUUAGAAUUUUUUACAACUUGAUGAAAAGCUGAAAAUGUCAAGUAUUCAACCCCUUUGUUAUUAUUAAGUUCAAAUAAAAGUAUUUGUCACAUGUGCCGAAUACAACCGGUGUAAACCUUACCGUGAAAUGCUUACUUACAAGCCCUUAACCAACAAUGCAGAUUUUUUAAGUAACAAAAUAUUUGUUACUUUAAAUAUGGCAUGAUAUAUAAAAUUCUAAAAAGUAACAAAAUAACAAGAACGAGGCUAUAUACAGGGGUACCGAGUCAAUGUGCAGGGAUACAGGUUAGUCGAGGUAAUAUGUUCAGGAGUAAAAGUUUGCUUAUCAAGUCACACAAUAAGUUGCAUGGACUUACUCUGUGUGCAAUAAGUGCUUAAUAUUAUUUUUGUAUGACUACCUCAUCUCUGUACCCCACACAUACAAUAAAUUAUCUUUGAGGUCCCUCAGUCAAGCAGUGAAUUUCAAACAGAUUCAACCACAAGACCAGGGCGUUUUUCCAAUGCCUUGUAAAGAAGGACACCUAUUGGUAGAUGAGGUUAACAAAAAGCAGACAAUGAAUAUCCCUUUGAGCAUGGUGAAGUUAUUAAUUUCACUUUGUAUGGUGUAUCAAUACACACAGUCUAUACAAAGGAAGAACGCCUGUAUCUAACUUAGUUGCCAGAGAGGGAAGAAACCGCUCAGUGAUUUCAACAUGAGGCCAAUGGGGACUUUAAAACAGUUUAAUGGCUGUGAUAGGAUGAAUCAACAACAUCCUUGUUACUUCACAAUACUAUCCAAUUUAAAGAGUGAAAAAAGGAUGCCUGUUCAGAAUAAAACAUUUCAAAACAUGCAUCCUAUUUGCAACAAGGAACUAAAGUAAAACUGCAAAAAAUGUGGCAAAGCAAUUAACUUUUUGUCCUGAAUACAAAGCGUUAUGUUUGUGGCAAAUACAAUACAUUACUGAGUACCACUCUCCAUAUUUUCAAGCAUAGUGGUGGCUGCAUCAUGUUGAGUAUGCAUGUAAAAGGGCGUUUUUCAGGAUAAUAAAGAAAUGGAAUAGAGGUAAGCACAGGCUAAAUCCUAGAGGAAAACCUGGUUGUCUGCUUUCCACCAGACACUGGGAGACAAAUUCACAUUGAAGUAGGACAAUAACCUGAAGGCCAAAUCCACACUGGAGUUGCUUACUAAGAUCGUGAAUGUUCCUGAGUAGUUCAGUUACAGUUUUGACUUAAAUCUACUUGAAAAUCUAAGGCAGACCUGAAAAUGGUUGUCUAACUAUGAUCAAGAACCAAUUUAACAGAUCUUGAAGAAUUUUGAAAACAAUAAUGGCCAAAUGUUGCACAAUCCAGCCGUGGAAAGCUCUUAGACACUUACCCAGAAAGACUCACAGCUGUAAUCACUGCCAAAGGUGUUUCUACAAAGUAUUGACUCAGGUGUGAAUACUUACUUAAAUAAGCAACAUUUGCAAAAAUAAAAUAAAAAAACGUAUUUCAUUUUGUCAUUUUGAGGUAUUGUGUGGAGAUGGCUGAGUUGUUUUAUUGAAUCCAUUUAGAAUUCAGGAUGUAACAACAAAAUGUGUCAUAAGUCAAGGGGUAUGAAUACUUUUUGAAGGCAAUGUAAAAUGUGUAUCUCAACAGGUACAAUUUUUAACUAUUGUACAUUUUGUUGUUAUAUUUUUAUAAAUAUGAAAUGUCCACCAUACAUGUCAAAAUAAAUGUGAAAUGUUA